GUAACCUUUCACCUGAUUGCAUUAAACAUUUCAUUUUUUCUGUAACGGAACUCCUUCUACACGCCUUCUUCUUCUCUCUUUCUUCAUUUAAAACUAAGGCUUUUUGUUCUUCAAAAAUCAUCCUUCUUCUGGUAAUUAAUUUUUUAGUUUGACUCCUAAAGAAGAUUAAACAACUCACCCUCAUCUUAAAAAAAUCAAAAAAGGCCGACAUAACUUUUUGAAUUAUUUUUUUUAAGCAAAAAAAGUUCAUUGCAUUAUUAUUAUUUUUACUUUAUUCAUCCCACAAAAACUUGUCUAACAAUCACUUUCAGAAACAGGAAAUUGAGAUCUCAAUUAAAUUUUUUUCAGGAGAGAGAAAGAGGAAACUUCCAUUUUCAUGCUUUUCUUUUACUAUAUGCAAUUGCAAACUAAGGAAGGGGCAAUAAAGGAAGUACUCCAUCACUUUCUCUCUCUACUCAACCAACUACUGAUUACUCUGUUUGCCUUCUUCUUUAAACCUUCUUCCAACAACAACCUAGUUCAUCAUAAUCAUAGAAGUUGUAAUUUCUUUUCUAACAACUAUUUAUCCUUUUUCAUACAAGUUUUCUUCAGAAUAGAAGGCUUAACUUUUUUAAAGUUUGCAUUUUGUGCAUAACUCCAAAUUACCCAUUUCAUAAUUUCAAGAAAUUUCACAUCUUCCAUUGAUUUUUGGUUAAUGAGAGUGAUUUUGGCAUCUGGGGUUUGGUCGAAAUUCAGAAUGAUUGCAGUUUAAUGUCAAUUACCAUUUACCCAUUUCAUAAUUCCAAGAAUUUUCCACAUCUUUCAUUGAUUUUUUUUGUUAAUGGGAGUGAUUUUGGCAUCUGGGUAUUUGUUGAAUUUCAAAAUGAAUGUAGUUUGGUGGCAGUAACAGAUCCAGAGCUUGAAUUUGGAACUUUCUUUCUGAUUGAAUUUUGAUAACAGGACAUCCUUUAAAAUUCAGCCAAACAUGGCAUCUCAACUCAAUGCUGGAAUGUCCAAGAAAGUUGCUGGUAUUAGAUUGUGGGAAAUAAUAGGGAUAACCAUUGGAGGUUUAAUUAUGAUAAUCCUUUCAAUAUUGCUGUAUCUGUGCCUUACUGCUAGGAAGAAAUCGCGAAGAACAACCAACAAUAUACCUCUUAGCCAAAUUCCUUCGAUUUCGAAAGAAAUCCGAGAAAUAAGAGUAGACCAAGUUUCUCAAAUUGGGUAUGGUAGCUAUCCUGAUGGAGUUCUAGAGAGAAUCAAAGAGAAGGAUUCAGACAAGCUUUUGGUUCAUCCAAACAUCGAGAAAAUACAAACAAGAGAGAAUAAAAGUCAUUCAGGUUCUUUUACUCGAGCCGAAAAGGAUAGCAUUGGGUCUCCGAUGGGGGAUAAGCCUUCUUCUCACCCGAUAACUGCUCCUUCUCCGCUAUCCGGACUUCCUGAAUUUUCUCGCCUUGGUUGGGGGCAUUGGUUUACUCUAAGAGACCUUGAAGUUGCAACAGACCGCUUUGCCAAGCAAAAUGUCAUUGGUGAGGGAGGAUAUGGCAUUGUUUACCGGGGUGAGCUAAUUAAUGGGACUCCAGUUGCAAUUAAGAGGCUCCUUAACAACCUUGGACAGGCAGAAAAGGAAUUCAGGGUUGAAGUGGAGGCAAUUGGUCAUGUGCGACAUAAAAACUUAGUUCGACUUCUUGGAUACUGCAUUGAAGGAACUCACAGGUUGUUGGUUUAUGAGUAUGUCAAUAAUGGAAAUUUGGAGCAAUGGCUUCAUGGUGCAAUGCGUCAACAUGGAAAUCUCACUUGGGAUGCUCGCAUGAAGGUUCUUAUUGGCACUGCUAAGGCCCUAGCUUAUUUGCAUGAGGCCAUUGAACCUAAGGUUGUGCAUCGGGACAUCAAGUCAAGUAACAUACUGAUAGAUGAUGAGUUUAAUGCAAAGGUGUCUGAUUUUGGCUUGGCAAAGUUGUUGGGUGCCGGAAAGACUCACAUUGCAACGAGAGUCAUGGGUACAUUUGGGUAUGUGGCUCCAGAAUAUGCCAAUAGUGGUCUUCUGAAUGAGAAAAGUGAUGUCUACAGUUUUGGGGUUGUUCUCUUGGAAUCUAUUACGGGGAGGGACCCAGUGGAUUAUGCUCGUCCCCAGAAUGAGGUAAACCUAGUGGACUGGCUCAAAACUAUGGUUGGUAACAGACGGGCAGAAGAGGUGGUAGAUCCCAACAUGGACAAUAGACCCUCAACAAGGGCUCUUAAGAGAGCACUUUUGACCGCUUUGAGGUGUGUAGAUCCAGAUUCUGAGAAGCGUCCAAAGAUGGGUCAAGUUGCUCGAAUGCUUGAAUCAGAGGAAUAUCCCGUUCCUCGUGAGGAUCGGAGACAUCGAAGGAGCCAAGCUGGUGAGAAUGAAUCUCCGAGGCUUAGUGUUUAACACACUUUCAUGAUUGGAAAGCCAAAACGAAGAAAAUACAUAGUCAUCGUGUACGAGUUGAUAGUUAACAGGAGAAAUUGCAAGCUUCAAUUAGUUGAAGUCUUUGUGCUCUCCGUGCUGUCAUUUAGUGGUAAAUUGAAUCCACGUAUAUAUAUAUAGAGAGAGUGAUUUUGCUCUCCCCCCCUCAUUACUUUUCUUUUCCUUGCCCAGGUUCUGCUUUCUAUUGUAGUAGCUGAUUUUAUAGGAUCGAUAUGGUUUGUAUAAGUGGUGUUGGGCACUUUCUUUGAUGCCGAAGCGCCGGUAUGGGGUUCUGUACAGGCCUUUUUAGGCUAGGGGAGUUGUUAAUACUUGAGUUAAUAUUUCAUGAACAAGAAGUAGGAAAUAUAUGGGAUUGUUUAUAUAUUUA